AUGCACACGCGUCCCGGGGGGGCGGAGCGCGCAUGCGUGCGGCCUCGGCGCGCCGGCGCUCCCCAGCCCCCUCCCGCAGCGACUCGGCGGGGGGGGAGAGAGCGGGCGCCCCGCUUCCCGCUGGUGGCAGGUGUACGACCGUUACCGCCGGGCGCGGCUCCCCCAGGGCGGGCGGUAGCCCCGGCCCCGCAGGCCGGCCCUCAGCGGGUCGCUGCCGGCAGGGCUCUGAGGGCAAGGAGGAAAUGCCUUCCGCAGGCGGGAGGACGAUUUCCUGAAGACCUUUCUUCAGAAGGCAGACUGCCAGUGAGGCUGCCGCCCGCCCGGCGCGGCCUCCCCUCACCUGCGCCGAGCCGUGCAGCGCGCUCGGGAGCGGGAACGUCGGAGUGCCAGUUGCUUGGCGGUGCCUUUCCCGCAGAAAGUGGAAAACUAGGUCAAGUGCUGCGGGAGCUGUACAAAGGCGCUCGCCGUGCCAGUGAGAAAGGCAGGCUCCUGCGACGAGCCGCGGCUGGCGAACGAUGUGAGAGGGGAACAGGAAACCUGAGAGCAGAGGAGCGACGAGAGGAGACGACCCGGGGAUUGUCAGUCCAUUCGGGGAGGCGGGACGCUAUGAGGGGACACCAAGAAGGUACAAUGCUGGCAUUUUUUGUCUGAGCACGACAUAUAAUGAUCAAGAUUCUGGAUGUGAGGAAGAGGAGGAACAAGACUGUGAUCCACGACCUGCUGGAGUCCACGCUGGUCUUUCAGGGAGCUGCUAAAAGAAGCCAAACAGGAUUGUUUAUCUGCAGAACUGCACUGAACUGCUAUCUGAGAUGCAGCCAUUAUUGGACUAUUCCUGAUGCUUCAGUUAUACAAAAGAAAUACACUAAAAUAAUUAAUUGAUGUCAUUAAACUACUGUGGUGUCGAACAUAUAUUGCACUUGAACAUAAUGAAUGUUGACAAUUCAUUAUUUCAGGUUUUAUGACAAUACCUCUGUGAUAAAUAUUUCUACAAAUUCUAAAAGUCAGAUAUAGGAAGGAGAAGUCUGCACACUAUAAACUGCCACAAACCUGAAGACUUGUCAAAAUAAAAUGAGCUAUAAAAACAAUAAUAUUCAGGCAACGUCACUCU